AUGUGGAGCGCACUCCUCCUCUGCCUCUCGCUGGCGCGCUUUGUGCGCACGCAGCAGCCCGCCGCUCCGGGCUCCUUUUACGCGCUGCGCUCGGAGCUCUCCGAGGACGCGAUCCUCGUGGCCAACAACGGCAUACGCGUGCCCUUCGGGAGGUCCGUGUCCCUCGACCCGGUCAACGACCUGGUGGUCCAGACGCGGCCGGGGGACCGCUGCAGCGUCACCGUCCUGGACAGCGACCCCCUCUCGCAGCGGCCGGGACGCCUCACCCCGAAGAAGUUCCCGUGCGAGUUCGGCCGCGAUGACGUCACCUACACCCACUACGGCUCGCGGAGUCCGGCGCGGGACCGCGUGAGGCUGCAGCUGCGUUACGACGCGCGCACCGAGACCGUCGUCAUCCCUUUCAUGAUGGAGGUGGAGGUGGUUUUUACGCAGCUGGAGCUCCUCACCAGGAACAUGCCGCUCACUGUGGACCACCUGAGGGGCACCAGCAACCCCAUAGACAAGAGGAUUGUGGACUUCACUUACGACCAGGACUUGUACAGGUGCGGGGUGGUGUCCCUCGGUGGGAAUAUGCUGCCCCGCUAUGGUAGACUGCUAAAACUGUCCCAAAACCUAGACUGUGAGGAGUUCACCCGCGCCGACAUCCGCUACCAGCACACGUGCGAGCACGCCUCGCCCAACCGGGACCACGUCCCCAUGGCGGUGGAGCUCCACGACAAGGAGGGCAACCUGGUCAAGCAGGAGCACUUCCACCUGACGGUGCGCAUCCGAGAGGGGCGAGAGAACACGGCGCCCAGGCCCAGCUUCGUGGCCAUGAUGAUGAUGGAGGUGAGCCAGUUCGUCAUGACGGCGCUCACGCCCGACAUGAUCGCCGCGGACGACGCCGAGUCCGACCCGGGCGAGCUCGUCUUCAACGUCACCUCGCCGCUGUCGUACGACGAGGGCUACAUCGUCAGCACCGACGACCAGAACCUGCCCAUCGCCUCCUUCUACCAGAGAGACCUGCAGGACCUGAAAAUAGCCUACAAGCCGCCCUCAAUGGACUCCGAAACCGAGAGGAUUUUCCAGCUUGAGUUCGAGGUUGUGGAUCCAGAGGGGGCUGUCUCGGACCCCUUUGCGUUCAUGAUCGUGGUGAAACCCAUGAACUCUUUGGCACCGGUCGUGACCCGGAACGUGGGACAGCUGCUGUACGAGGGCCAGUCCCGGCCCCUCUUCAACCUUGAGAUCAGCGACGAGGACAACCUGGACAUGGUGGCCAUAACGGUGGUGGACGGGCUCCGCCACGGCACCCUGCUGGUGCUGGGGUCUCGGAGGAAAACCUUCACCCCCGACGACCUCACGGCCGGGGCGGUCGUGUACCAGCACGACGGCAGCGACACGUACAGCGACAACAUCGUGUUCAAGAUGACGGACGGAAAACACGAUGUGGAGUUCCUCUUCCCUAUCACCGUCGUCCCCACUGAUGACGAGCCCCCCAUCGUCAACGCCAACACCGGCAUGGUCCUGUUCAAACACCAUCUGAUGCCCCUGUCUCCCCUCAUGCUGAGCGCCGCCGACAUCGACUCUGAGGACUCCACCAUCACAUUCACCCUCGUUCCCCCCUUUUCCACAAUCGGCACUGUCCUUCUGAGGCAGUCCGACGCCCCGGAGGACCCCUCCUCCUGGAAGUUCAACUCUGAGGACGAGGUCUACGAGAAGGAGGUGCGGGAGUGGCUGCAGAAAGACAUCACCGACGGGAAGGUCUUUUACAAGCACAUAGGGCCUCACAUCACUGACACAGUCAUGGACCAGUUUGUCUUCACAGUCCGGGAUGACAACGACCCACCCAACGAGUCGGGCGAUGCUACGUUCACAGUCCGUGUUUUGCCCAUAGAUGAUGUGCCCCCCGAGCUGUACCCCGGGACCACCCUGCAGAUGACUGUGGAGGAGUACAAGCUGACUCAGUUCAGCAAGGAAGUCCUGCGAUACACUGAUUUGGACUCGGAGGACCGUGACCUUAAAUAUACGGUCAUCCAGCCCCCGACUGAUACCGAUGAAAACAGCCCAUUAGUUUUUGGGUAUUUGGUUCUGACAGAGAGCCCCGACACUGAGGUCGCCGAGUUCACACAAGCUCAGCUGAAUCACCACAAGAUCGCCUACAGCCCCCCAGACAUCGAGCUGGGCAUCACUGCGCACGUGGUGCAGUUCCGCUACAGCGUGGAGGACACGGCGGGGAACAGCGUGGAGGGGUCGUUCACCAUCUACCUCCAGCCUGUCAACAACAAGCCCCCCCAGAUUACAAACACCGGCCUCACUUUGUUUGAAGGCAGCAUCCACAUCGUCACCAUCGCUGAGCUGGACGCCUCGGACGCCGACACCGAGGGGAAAAUGAUCACGUUCACGCUCAGUCGGCCGCCCAAACACGGACACCUGCAGGUGGCGUUCACAGACUUGGAGAAAGAAGCAGUUUUCAGUCUUGAGGACCUUUCGCAAGGGAGGAUAUCGUACAGUCACGGCGGCGAGGAAACGACGAGCGACGACUUCCAGCUGGACGUCAGCGACGGCUUCCAUAUCGUAACCGUGACGGUCAAAGUCCACGUGAAGCCUGUGGACGACGAAACGCCGGUGCUCAGUCUGCCCGCGGGAACGAUCGGGUCUCACCUGGACGUGCUGGAGAACGGCGCGGCAGAAAUCACGACUCACGUUAUCCAAGGCCGCGAUGACGACACCGAUGACCUCCAGCUGACCUUCAUCUUGGAGGACCCUCCAGCCAUUGGUGAGGUUUUGGUGAAAGGAGUGCCCGCCGGUAGAUUCACGCAGGCCGACCUCAUCAACGGUCUGGUGGUCUACGCUCACACCGGCGGCGAGGUAGGCCUCACAUCCCAGCAGGACGGCUUCAACUUGACUCUCACAGACAUGUCAGAUGAUUGGACUGUGGGGGGAAAUAAGGUCAACGGGGUCCAGGUAUGGGUCACCAUCCUACCAGUGGACAGCCAAACACCUGAAGUUGGAGUUGGGGUGCAGUUCAGCGUCAUUGAAGGGGACAAAAACGCCAUCGGCCCUCAGCACCUGAACGCAUACGACACCGACACCCCCGUAGAAGAUGUCCUCUGCAUCAUCGUAGUCCAGCCCACUGCUGGCUAUGUGGAGAAUAUAUCACCUGCACCCGGGUCUGAAAAGUCGAGGUCAGGUACGGCCAUCAGUGCUUUCACCAUCGGAGACAUCAGAGAAGGAAAUAUUUACUACGUGCAGAGCAUCCACAAAGGUGUUGAACCAGUAGAAGACAGGUUCACCUUUAGGUGCUCGGAUGGAAUCAACUUCUCAGAGAACCUCUUCUUUCCCAUCGUCGUCACUCCCACCAACGACGAGAAGCCAGAGAUCUACUUGAGGGAGAUCGUCGUGAUGGAGGGGAUGAACAUCGUCAUCGAUACUCCCAUCGUGAAUGGAGGCGACGCUGACGUCCCAGCCGAGGAACUGAUGUUCAUCAUCUCCAGACCUCCGAAACAUGGCGUGGUUUUAAACCAGCUGCCCACGGGUUCAGUCCUGGUGACUAACUUCACGCUGGAGGAGAUCAGAGAGGCGUCCAGUAUUAUCUACGAACACGACGACUCAGAGACCACAGAGGACAGCUUUGACGUCACGUUGACUGACGGGAAGUUCUCAGUCCAGAAAACAGUCCUGGUGAUGAUCAUCCCUGUUGACGACGAGACGCCCAGGAUACAAAUCAAUGACGGCUUGGAGGUGGAAAUCGGCGAGACCAAAGACAUCGACAACAAAGUCCUAAGCGCGACUGAUUUAGAUUCAGAGGACAGUGCUCUCACUUACAUCAUCCGCUUUGGGCCUGGUCAGGGUUUGCUUCAGAGGAGGACUUCCCUCGGGUCGGAGAACAUUACCCUGGGCAUGAACUUCACACAAGCAGAGAUCGACGCAGGGUUGAUAUUCUACACGCACAACGGGCAGGAGGGCAUCCGAGACCUGGUCAAGUUUGACGUGACGGACGGAAUCAACCCGCUGAUUGAUCGUUACUUCUACAUCAGCGUGGGCAGCAUCGACGCGGUCUUCCCUCAUGUGGUCAGCAAGGGUGUGUCCCUGAAAGAAGGUGGUCGCGUCACCCUAACCACGGAUCUCCUCAGCACCACCGACCUCAAUAGCCCAGACGAGAACCUGGUCUUCACCAUCACCAGGGCGCCUGUCAGAGGGCACUUGGAGUGCACGGACUACCCCGGGGUGCCCAUCGUGUCCUUCACGCAACUCCAACUCGCCGGCAGCAAAGUCUACUACAUCCACACUGCAGACGACGAGCUGAAGAUGGACAGUUUUGAAUUUGAAGUGACCGACGGCUACAAUCCCAUUUUCAGGACUUUCAGAAUCUCCAUCCUGGAUGUUGACAACAAGAAGCCGGUGGUGACCAUCAACGGUCUGCAGAUCACGGAAGGACACAGUAAGCUCAUCACGCCCUUUGAGCUCACAGCAGAGGACCAAGAUACCGCCGAGAAGCUGCUCAAGUUUACCAUCACCCAGCCGCCCGUGCACGGAAAAGUCCUCUUUAACCAGUCCAGCCCAGUCAGCACCUUCACCAAACAGGACCUAAACGAAAACCUGAUCAGCUACAAACACGACGGCACCGAGUCCUCCGAGGACUCCUUCUCCUUCACCGUAACCGACGGCACGCACUUGGACUUCUACGUCUUCCCAGACACGGUUUUUGAGACUCGACGCCCACAGACCUUGAAGAUCACCAUCGUGGCCCUGGACGGCGGCGCCCCCCGGAUGGUGGUCAACAAGGGUGCCCCCACCUUGAGGACCCUGCCCAAUGGACAGCUGGGAUUCCUCAUCAACUCCAAACACCUGAGGGUGGAGGACCGGCACAGCAGCCCAGCCUCGUUGGCGUUCCACGUCACGGCGCCGCCCAAACACGGAUACAUCGUCCACCUGGGCCGGGGGAACAACUCCGUGGAAAGCUUCAGUCAAGCCGACAUCGACGACCUGAACAUCUGCUACGUGCUGCGCCGGGAAGAAAACGCCACGUCGGACAUCUUCCACUUCACCGUGGAGGACGAGGGUGCCAACAAGCUGAAGGAGCAGAGUUUCCAUCUGGACUGGUCGUGGAUCUCCCUGCAGAAGGACCACUACGUGGUGGACGAGGAGGACCAGUUCCUGGAGGUGGUCCUGAGGCGGAGAGGCUACCUUGGCGAGACCUCCUUCGUUGGGAUCGGCACGCGGGACGGCAGCGCCAAGAAGGACCAGGACUUCAGGGGGAAGUCCCAAAAGCAGGUCCAGUUCAAUCCGGGUCAGACCAGCGCCACCUGGCGGGUCCGCAUCCUGGCGGACGGCAAGUACGAGCAGUCCGAGACCUUCCAGAUUCUUCUGUCCGAGCCGGUCAUGGCGGCGCUGGAGUUUCCCGCCAAGACCACGGUGGACAUCCUGGAUCCUGGCGACGAGUCCACCGUCUUCUUCCCGGAGCCUCUCCUGUCGGUGGAGGAGGACGUGGGCCGUCUGUCCAUCCCGGUGCAUCGCAGUGGGGACGUCAGCGAGGAGCUCCUGGUGCUCUGCUACACUCAGCAAGGUUCCGCCACCGGCACGGACCCAGGCAGCGUCCUGUCCUACUCGGACUACAUCUCGCGGCCCGAGGAGCACGCCAGCCUGCUGCGCUUCCACGGGGGCGAGCGGGAGAAGUGGUGCGGCGUGGUGGUCAUCGACGACUCUCUGUACGAGGGCCAGGAGCACUUCAACGUCAGCCUCUCCUCGCCCGUGGGGGGCCGCCUGGGCCGCCGACACCCUUCUGCCACGGUCGCCAUCCUGGAGGACAGAGACGACGCUCCAGUCUUUUACUUUGGCGAGCAGGCGUAUCACGCGGACGAGAGCGCCGGUCACGUGGACGUCAAAGUGUGGCGCACCGGCACCGACCUCUCCAAGGGCGCCAGCGUCACCGUUCGCUCUCGCAAAUCCGAGCCCGCCUCCGCGGAAGUCGGCGUGGACUACGUGGGCGUCAGUCGCAACCUGGACUUCGCCGCGGGCGUCAGCGUGCUGUCGUUCAGGAUCGACCUCCUGGAUGACCUGGGGAAGCCCGAGCUGGAGGGGCCGGAGACCUUUGACCUGGUCCUGCGUAUGCCGACCAACGGCGUCCUGGGAGAACCCGGGAAGGCGACGGUCUUCAUCAACGACUCUGUGUCGGACUUGCCGAAGGUUCAGUUCCGUGAGGCGGUGCACUCCGCCCAGGAGCACGAGGGCCGACUGGCGGUCACGGUGCACCGCAGCGGUGACCUCAGGUGGCGCUCCACCGUGCGCUGCUACACCCGCCAGGGGUCGGCCCAGGUGGUCUCGGACUUUGACGAGCGUCCCAACACGGACGCGUCAAUCCUCACCUUCCUGCCCGGCGAGACGGAGAAGGUGUGCGCGGUGUCGCUGGUGGACGACUCGCUCUACGAGGACCCGGAGGAGCUUCGCCUGGUCCUCGGGAGCCCGGAGAGUGACUCCGGGUUUGGGGCCGCGCUGGGGACCCUGAAGGAGACGCUGGUGAAAAUCCAAGACGCUGCCGACAAACCCAUCAUCCGCUUCUCGGAGACCAAGUUCAGCGUCAGCGAGCCCAAGGAGGCGGGCGCCGUGGCGACGGUGAGGAUCCCCUUGCUGCGACUGGGCGACACCUCCCAGGUGUCCGUGGUGCGGGUUCACACCAAAGACGGCUCGGCCGUGUCGGGGGAGGACUACCACCCCGUGUCCCGAGACGUGGAGUUCAGGCGGGGUGACAAGGAGAAGGUGGUGCAGGUGGAGGUUUUGUACGACGGCGUGCGGGAGAUGAGGGAAGCUUUCACGCUGCACCUGAAGCCCGACGACAACAUGGUGGCCGAAACUCAGGUGACCAAAGUGAUGGUCUACAUCGAGGAGACCACCAGCAUGGCCGACGUCACCUUCCCGUCUUUGCCCCGCGUGGUCUCGCUGCUCCACUACGACCACCACGCCCGCCCACCGGGUGGCGCUCACCCGCCUGCUGGCUACCCUGUGGUCUGUGUGACGGCCUGCAGCAGCAGACACGUGGACUACGGCAAGACCGCCUCCAUCUGCGUCAGCGAGCGCAUCGACGACACCUUGACCAGGUACCGCUGGCUGGUCAGCGCCCCCGCCGGACCCCACGGCGUCACCAGCCCCAUGAGGGAGGUGGACUUGGACACCUUCUUCACCUCCUCCAAGACCAUCACGCUGGACUCGGUCUACUUCCGCGCCGGCUCCCGGGUCCAGUGCGUCGCCAGGGCGGUGAACUCGGACGGCGACGAGGGGCUGGAGCUGACCAGCCCCGUGGUCACCAUCAGCCAGGAGGACGGAAUGUGUCAGCCGCGCAAGAUGGGCGCCGUGGGGGCGGAGCCUUUCUCCGCCAAGCUGCGCUACACCGGAGCGGACGACCCCGAGCACCCAAACCUGAUCCGAGUGAGCGUCAGCAUGCCGCACCUGGACGGCAUGCUUCCGGUCAUUUCCACCCGGCCCCUCACGAACUUUGACCUGACUCUCAGCCCGGACGGAACCCGUGUGGGGAACCACCGCUGCUCCAACCUGCUGGACUACGGCGAGGUCGCCACGGGUCACGGCUUCAUCACGGCGGCCACGCGCAACCCGGAGAGCGCGGGCAACGCGGCGCCCUACCAGUACAGCGCCCCCCUGAGGGGGAACGCCACACUGCGCUUCUACAGGAACCUCAACCUGGAGGCCUGCCUGUGGGAGUUCACCACCUUCUACCACAUGUCCGAACUACUCUCUGACUGUGGAGGCACCAUCACCACUGAUGGACAGGUCCUGAACCUGGUCCAGUCCUACGUGACGCUGCGCGUGCCCCUCUACGUGUCCUACGUCUUCCACUCGCCCGCGGGCGCCGGCGGCUGGCAGCACUUUGACCUCCAGUCGGAGCUGCGCCUCACCUUCGUGUACGACACCGCCAUCCUGUGGCGGGACGGCGUGGGCAGCCCCCCUCAGGCCGAGCUCCAGGGUGCGUUGUACCCCAGCAGCAUGCGCAUCAACCGGCAAGGACGCCUGGUGGUCCACUUCCGCACCAAAGCCCGCUUCAGGGGUCUGUUUGUCCCGAGGGUCCGGACAUCAGCGAGCUCCGUGUCCUCCACGGUGGUGAGCCCGGACCACCCCGGCCUGACCUUCAACCUCACCCUGGUGCGGAGCGAGCCCGGCUACAACCAGCCGGUGCAGCAGUGGACCUUCACCUCGGACUUUGCCGUCCGAGACUACUCGGGGACGUACGCCGUCAAGCUGGUCCCCUGCACCGCCGCCCGCCACGCCGAGUACUCGCUCCCGCCCGUGUGCAGUCCCGGGGAGCCCGUGACCUUCGACCUGGACAUCCGCUUCCAGCAAGUGAGCGACCCGGUGGCGGUGGAGUUCAGUCUGAACACUCGGAUGUUGUUGCUGUCCAGGAGGAGCUUGUGGCUCUCGGACGGCUCCGCGGGCUUCGGCCAGGAGAGCGACGUGGCCUUUUCUGAGGGUGACACCAUCUUUGGCCGCGUCAUGGUGGACCCCGUGCAGAACCUGGGAGAGUCCUUCUUCUGCAGCAUCGAGAAGGUCUUCCUGUGCACGGGAGCGGACGGCUACGUUCCCAAGUUCGAUCCCUCGCGCUCCGAGUUCGGCUGCCUGGCCGACUCGCCCUCCCUGCUCUACAGGUUCAAAAUCCUGGACAAGGCUCAGCCCGAGACCCAGGCGCGGGUGUUUGGGGACGUGGACUUCAGCGCCGUGCUCGCCUUGGACGACGCCUCGGCCCUGCCGCUGGUCCGGCAGCCUGGCUCGGACGGGUUCAAGCUGGACUCCAGGGCCAUGUUCCAGGUGGCGUCGGGUCGUGAGUGGUACAUUCACACCAUCUACACCGUCCGCUCCAAGGAAAACGCCAACCGAGGGAUCGGGAAGCGCAGCCUGGAACGUCAGUCCUUCACGUCCGCGGGCGGAGGCGGCGGCGAUCGGUCCAGGAGGUCAGUCGGCGAGCAGGUCCCGGAGGUCGCCACGGACAUCGGCGGCGACAACAACCGCGGCACCAACAUCAUGCACGUGGCGCUGGACCGCAGCGAGCGACGGAAGGGAGGCGGAGACGAGGUGCCGGCGCGCGGGGCGGAGCUGAGCGGCGACGAGGGCGACGAGGGCGCGGUGACGGUGGCGGGCGCGCUGGUGGGCGUGUUGCUGGCGGCGCUGGUGGGCGCCGCGCUGACGCUGGCGCUCCGCUCCAGGCAGAAGGACAGGUGGCGAGAGGGCGGGCGGGAGGCGGUCAAAGGCUCCAUCAGCGCCGAGCCCAUGCUGGUGGUCCGCAUGCACGACUGCCGCGAGAGCUCCGAGGUCUAAGCCGGCAAAAACACAUUUUAUACCACUUUUUAUGACCUCUCUUUCACUGCCACUGCGAUGGCGACUGGUCGCGUCCGACUUGUGACUUCCGGUGCCUGAAGACGCCAUCACGUCCCCUCCGGGACCUCGUCACGGGAUUUCACCUCACCUUUUUUUUUGUUGACUUCUUUUCUCUCCUUUAGGAUGAAAUGUAGAACAAAUAUCCCUCACGUGUGUACUCAGAAGUGCCGUAAGGACUCGCACUGGCCACUUCAUUAGGUACACCAAUGCAGAAAAUAUCUUCACUUUUCAUUUGGACUUUGUUUGUCAUAUUUUGAUGAGUCUAAAUCAGGAGUCCCCAAACUACGGCCCGCCAGCGUCCAAAAUAUCCGGCA